UCUCGUGAUGUUGGUCAUAAGGUCUCGAGUACCCGUUGAGCCAGCAGCUGCGUUUGCAGCAUGGCCUCGGAGCAGGAUGUUCGGGCACAGCUGCAGCGCGCGGGCCAGGAGCAUCUCCUUCGCUUCUGGGCCGAUUUGGCCCCGGAGCCUCUAGCUGCGCUGCUAGCGGAGCUCGCCACUCUGGAGCCUGACGCUCUGCGAGAGCACUGCCAGCGCGCCGCGGCCGCCUGCGCGCUUACACCGGGUCCUCUGGCGGACUUGGCGGCGCGCCUGCAGCCUCUGCCCCCAGAAUGCGUGGGCAGCGCGAUCCGCUGCGACCAAGAGACACGCCUGCGGUGGGAAGAGGAAGGUUUCCGACAGAUUGCUCUGAACAAAGUGGCUGUCCUGCUGCUGGCCGGUGGGCAGGGCACUCGCCUGGGCGUCACCUACCCCAAGGGCAUGUAUCAAGUAGGGCUGCCCAGCCAAAAGACCCUGUACCAACUGCAGGCAGAGCGGAUCCGGCGUGUUCAACAGUUGGCUGGCCAGCGACUGGGGACCCAUUGCACCGUGCCCUGGUACAUCAUGACCAGUGAGUUUACACUGGGACCGACCAUCAAGUUCUUCAAGGAGCAUGACUUCUUCCACCUAGACCCUGCUAACGUGGUCCUGUUCGAGCAGCGCAUGCUACCUGCUGUGACUUUUGAGGGCAAGGCCAUACUGGAACGGAAAGACAAAGUUGCCAUGGCCCCAGAUGGCAACGGGGGCUUAUACUGUGCCCUGGCUGACCACCAGAUCCUGGAGGACAUGAAACGUCGGGGUGUGGAGUUUGUGCAUGUGUACUGUGUGGACAACAUCCUGGUGCGGCUGGCUGACCCAGUCUUCAUAGGCUUCUGUGUGCUUCGGGGUGCAGACUGCGGUGCCAAGGUGGUGGAGAAAGCAUACCCUGAGGAGCCAGUUGGUGUGGUGUGCCAGGUGGAUGGUGUCCCCCAGGUGGUGGAAUACAGCGAGAUUAGCCCUGAGACCGCUGGGCUCCGAGGGCCUGAUGGGGGCUUGCUCUACAACACGGGCAAUAUCUGCAACCAUUUCUUCACCCGAGACUUCCUGGAUAAGGUCACCAGGGAGUUUGAGCCCUUGCUGAAGCUGCAUGUGGCCGUGAAGAAGGUCCCAUAUGUGGACGAGGAGGGAAAUCUGGUAAAGCCGCUAAAACCGAAUGGGAUAAAGAUGGAGAAGUUUGUGUUUGAUGUGUUCCAGUUUGCUAAGAACUUCGUUGCCUUUGAAGUAUCUCGGGAGGAGGAAUUCUCCCCAUUGAAGAAUGCUGACACAGCCAGCAGGGACAACCCUUCCACCUCCAGGAGAGCCUUGUUGGCUCAGCACUACCGCUGGGCUCUGCAGGCCGGAGCCCACUUCCUGGAUGUACAUGGGGUCCAGCUUCCUCAGCAGUCUGGCUUGCUCCCAAAUGGAGACCCUCCAGCCAUCUGUGAGAUAUCGCCCUUGGUGUCUUACUCUGGAGAGGGGUUGGAGAUGUACCUACAAGGCCGAAAACUCCAGUCUCCAUUCAUUCUGGAUGAGGACCAAGCCAGGCUGCUGCAGCCACAGGAGUGCUAACCCGCUGGCUCCCAGCCUCUCCAGCCCUGGGGCUCUAUCGGGUGCUGAUAUAGCUCUGGCCCAGGCUCUGGGUGGAAAUGCUGGCCUGCAGGACACAGAAGGGAGUGUGCUAGUUUACUUUACAAGGUUGGGACCUCUUUGGGUCCCCCAUGGACUGUA